UGACCUUGGUCCAUUCUUCUAAACGCGCUACCUGUGUUGUCGCGUAACACGGAAAGAGCAAAGAGUGACGGACGGACGAUCAAACUUGUUCACGGAGAGCCGCCUCAGGAUCCCAGCAAACCAAUGGUGUUCUAAUUCUGCAUUGCUCUAUAUUUGGCAGCUUUCUAAUCAUCAUUUCUUGUGCCAGUGUCCCUACUGUCACCGCCCAAGAACUAUGGAGGAUCCACAGCUGCAGCGCAGUGCAAGCUCCUAUGCAACGCGUCUGGACAGGACCCUUGAUGCCCUUCAGGCCAGAGUGAAGGAGCAAGAGGCUCUUCUAGAAGAAGUUAAUAACACUCUACCCAUUCUAGAGCAUUUAGCAACUAACAUUGAAUCAGCUCCGAGCCUCUACGUAUACGUCCACCCUUCAAGCUGAACCAGCAGCGGAUCCUAAGAGUCAUUUGCAGCAUUUGAUGGCCCUCAAGUCUGCCUACGAGUCUCUUACUCCAUCGCAGCCAUGGCUCCUCUCACGCGAUUCUCUCGUUCCAGGACUACUUGCCUUGCGGGACUCCGACAGAGUUGCCAAUGGUAGCCAGCAAGCCAUAGUUCACAAGGAAGUUACAAUCAAGGCUACCCAGCAGCGACUGGACCAGCAACAGAGUGACCUGAAUGACGCCGAAUUGAUGCAGGCCGAGAUGGUGGGAAGGAUAUCAAGACUUGAGGAGCAAAUCAACCAGCAAACAAAACAGUCACCAAUUCAGACUGCCAAAGAAAUGAUUCGAGCAAUGAAAAAAAGAAAGCAAUAUUACGACACGGAGACGGGAAGGCUAGUGAAAGCAUUCAACGCAUUUAUUGAUGAUCAUCUUGCGGCAAUGCUUGCUGUGGAAGAGCUCGGAGGUCCUAUUGUUGGGGAAAUACCGGAAAUAGAUGAGGAGAUGCUAGAAGGUGGUUUCAGUGCACAAGGACGGCUGAAGAAGGCAAAACCUAGCGAGGACAAGCGGCAGCGCCGUAUCGAUCAGAUCUGGGGACCGAGACCCGUCGAGAACGAUGACAUGAAGGAGCCGUGGGACGAAAAACACGCAGCGGCUGCAGAGAUGAGAGACUUGACAGAGGAGCUUCUGAACAGCCUGGUCGAAGCCAAGGGACACGGACCCGGUGCAUAUAUUGACCUUCAGAGAGAGUCUGCUGCUGCAAGGUUUCUCGUUAGGUCGAAAGUUGCCCAAUUCCACCCGAGAGACGCUAAGAAGCUUCGAUUGAUUGAUUUUGGAGGCGAAAUAGACGACUGAGUGAAUGGAAAUGACUGCACCAAGCAGAGACUACCUGACUAUACAAGGAACAUCUACAGACAUCAGAAGCUGUGAGUAUUUCGCGACUACCACUAAGGAAAUUAACGCCACAAGUCUUCUAGCUCCCUCUCAACACCUGAAGUCGGGUACAUAGGUAGUUGAAGACAGCGCGAUAUUUCCAGAAUUCACGUGACAAUACAGCAUUGUGGAGAGCUACUCCAUCGCUGCGCUGUGGAACCCCGAUUUAAAAUAUUCCAGACAUAGUUCA